AUGGGAGUUACAUCCAGAAAGAUUGCCAUAUUUAUUGCGUUAAUAUUUUAUUUAUUGAGCCUUUCUCUUGUUGUUUGUUCAUUUCUUACCGAAUAUUGGGUGAUUUCUGGUGUUUCAAGCGAAAACGGUGAAGUUACUGGGCGAAGUCGAGUAAACGUUGGUUUACUUAGCGGAAUGCGAGAAUUAGACUGGGGUUUAGGCGUUCGAUAUAUACCAUUUUCAGUUCUUGGUGAAAUUCAAAGUGAUGUCAGCUUCUACAAUCGAAUUCUAUGGAUUUUUAUCUUAUUCUUCAUAGCGCUUGGUAUUCUUUGGAUAUGUGUCGGAAUAGUGACAUCUAUUCUAUCUUCAUUCACACCUCAGCAAGAUUCUAUAGCUGGUCCCAUUGGGAUAUAUUUAUGGAGUUUACUAGCAUUAUUGUCAUUGACUGCUUCAUGUAUAAUGUUCUAUAUUCAAUUCCAUACUACAAUGCAGAAGAAUCUUCUAACAGCUGAACAGAUCCAGGCCGGAUAUUCCACUCAAGGAUUAGCAAAGUUGGGCUCAUCGUUCUACUUCAUGCUUGGAGCGCUUGUAGCGCUUUAUUUUCCUCCAUUAUUCGUUUUUAUAUCAACAGAUAGUGGAACUGAUGGAAAGCUUUCCAAAAUUGUAUCGACCGAUCCUACUGCAUUGUUGUAUUAA